AUGGGAUUGCUGUGGGACCUGGAGAACAAUCUACCACUCAGAGAUACACGUGACUUUUCACUUGUAGUAGAUGUUAAAGGCUACCUCUUCGAUGAGAAUGUUAUUAUUUCUCCAUUCUUGUUUCUCCUCCUCUUCUUCACUGUCAUGCGAGAAACACACCAGUUCAAUGGCCUGGGGUCAGAAGCACACCACAGUGAAGGGAUUCAUCCUGCUGGGCCUCACAAACAGCGCAGACCAAAAACAACUCAACUCCCCUUUGCCAUCUUCCUGCUGAUCUACUCUGUGACUCUGGUGGGCAACCUGGGCCUGAUAGAUGUGAUCCACGCCAGCGCCACCCUCCACACCCCCAUGUACUUCCUCCUGGGUGUGCUUUCCUUCCUUGACAUCUGCAGUGCCUCCGUGUUCACUCCCAGGCUGCUGAUCAACUUCGUCACCACUGACCAGUCCAUCUCCUUCGUGGGCUGUGUGGUCCAGACGGCCCUCAUGAUCCUCCAUGGCACAAGGGAGUGUCUGCUUCUGGCCAUGAUGGCCUAUGACCGAUUCGUGGCCAUCUGCCCCCCUCUCCUCUACCACACCAUCAUGUCCAAGCAUUUGUGUGUCCGGCGGGCGUCCUAUGCUGCUGGGGUGUUCAUUUCAGCUGUUCAGACAGGGAAUGCCUUCAUCUUGCCCUACUGUGGUCCCAACAUCAUUGAUCACUACUUCUGUGACAUCCCCCCGAUGCUCCAACUGGCCUGCUCAGAGACAACCAUGGCCAAUGUCAUCUUGCUCGUCUUUUCUGCCUUGGUCACUGUCCCCACAAUCUCAGUCAUCUUGGUCUCGAAUGCGUACAUCCUGGCCACAAUCUGUAGGAUGAGGUCCUUGGAGGCCCAGCGCAAGGCCCUCUCCACCUGUGCCUCCCGCCUCACUGCCCUCUCGCUUUUCUAUGGGUCUGUAUUCCUUGUAUAUGUCCAACCCAACCCUGAAACUGCCUCAGCCUGUAACAAGAUCCUCUCUGUGUUCUACACCAUUGUGUUCCCCAUGCUGAACCCACUGGUCUACAGCCUAAAGAAUAAAGAUGUCAAGGCCUCUGCACAAGUUAGGGUUCUUAAGCUAAGCAGAAAAGUAAUUUGUUAG